CUGGACCAUGGAGUUGCAGUUAGUGUCUUCGUUGCACUCCAGUAGCUCAAAAUUAACUCCGCCGUGGGCGUGGGACUGUGGAGGUAGAGGGCUCAAUACUAAAAUUUGCUUCAGAGACAAUUCCUAUGUGUAUUGAGAUAUUCUCUGACAGCAGUAGCUAUUGUGGUCGCACCAACCAUUCUGGGAAACAUCUGGAGAGGUCGUGGUCUGCUGGAAAUUGGAAAUUCUUAAGAGCGAAGGGCAUAAGGAGCAGUGCGCAAUUGAGACCGGAGCCCAUAAAAGGGCCCGAGACAAAGGGAACUGUGGUCGGUGCAGUUGCUCUGAUCAUUGGAACUAGUAUUGGCUCCGGGUUACUAGUUCUCCCGAAGAAAACUUCCUCUGCAGGAUUCAUUCCAAGUGCAGUGUGUAUGAUACUUUGUUGGGGUUUUCUUCUAAUUGAAGCCCUUUUACUAGUUGAAGUAAAUGUGGGUCUGUUGAGGAAGAAGAGGAAGAAACUGAAAGAAGAAGAAGAACUAGAAGGCAUUUCCAUUAGAACCAUGGCUCAGGAGACACUUGGAGAAUGGGGUGGGGUUCUAGUCACUGCUAAUUAUGUUUUCCUAGGUUAUACCACCAUGGUGGCAUAUACUUGCAAGUCAGCUGAGAUCCUCUCUCAAUUGAUAAACCUCCCGCCAUCAGUCUCAGGCAUCUUCUUCACCACAUUCUUCACCAUUCUCGUCUCCAUUGGUGGGACCCGUACCACUGACCAGGUCAACCAAUGGCUUACUGUCUCCAUGUUAGGUUUACUAUUAGCAAUUGAGGUGCAGUCUCUUCUGUCUGGCGGGUGGUCAGGCUUAGAGAUGGCAGGAAAUUGGGGAAAAGCUCCAUCAACAAUCCCUGUGAUUAUAUUUUCUUUGGUCUAUCAUGAUAUAUCACCUGUUAUUUGCAUGUAUUUGGGUGGUGAUCUCAGACGUAUAAGGGUGUCAGUCAUUCUCGGUAGUGUUGUGCCUUUGCUUGCUUUGCUUGUUUGGAAUGCAGUUGUGCUUCGUCUUCCAACUCAAGCAGAUGACGCCGUACUUGACCCUGUAGAUUUGCUCACGAGGGUGAGUUGGACUGGAGUUUCUGUUAUGGUAGAAGCCUUCUCACUUCUUGCAGUUGGAACUUCAUUGAUUGGCACUCUCCUAAGCUUCUCUCAGUUUUUCAUGGAGCAACUUUGUAAACUUCCGUGGCAUAAUCCAUCAAACCAAACACAAAAAUCCAACGGCAAUCUUGAACAAAGUAUUUUGAGGGAUGAGAGCAUGUUUUUUGGCCUCCAGAAGUGGUGGCAUGCAAAUAAGCUUAGAUUCAUGGCAACAGCAGUGGCUGUUGCUCCGCCUCUAUUUGUAUCUGUCACCAUUCCAGAUGCAUUCUCCGCAGCUACAGACAUUGCUGGAGGUUACUGCAUGACAACGUUGUAUGGAGUAAUCCCACCAGCAAUGGCGUGGGCGAUGCACACCAAUUCAUGUGAUGCUAAUGAUCAUGAUGGCAGCAAUAAAGUGGAAAACAAUGACCAGAAGGUAUUAUCUAAAGCAAAACCAGCAGUUCUUGGAGUAGGUUUAUUUGCUUGUGUGAUAGUAAUAGAGCAGGCUCUACAAGAUCUUUUAUUGUGGAAUCCUUGACAACAUUGUUGACAGUCAAAAUGAGCCUGGAAAACUCUGCCAAACAUAGUCAUGCUUUAUCACCCCCCCCCCCAAAAAAAACCCAAAGGCUGUCUUGGUUUUACUGUCUUUUCUGUGAAUUGAUCUUUGUAAUAUUGUUUAGUGAGUUUGAUCAAUAAAAAGUGGUUUUGUGGUA